CCCGGAAGACGCGGGGGCGGGGCAGCGGAGCGGGGCAGCGGGGCGCUGUCGGCCGGGCGGCGGCUGCGCUCUCCGUGGCCCCGGCAGCCGCAGGCGCCGCGGGAGGAUGGCCUCGCUCGGGCCGGCCGAUCCGGGCGAGCAGGGCCCGGGGUCCGAGGCGGAGGCGGGCGCCUCGGGGCCGCCACCGCCGCCGUCCCCUCUGGGGCCCCUGCUCCCCCUGCAGCGGGAGCCGCUGUACAACUGGCAGGCGACCAAGGCGUCGCUGAAGGAGCGCUUCGCCUUCCUCUUCAACUCGGAGCUGCUGAGCGACGUGCGCUUCGUGCUGGGCAAGGGCCGCGCCGCCGCCGCCGCCGCCGGGGGCCCGCAGCGCAUCCCCGCGCACCGCUUCGUGCUGGCGGCCGGCAGCGCCGUCUUCGACGCCAUGUUCAACGGCGGCAUGGCCACCACGUCCGCCGAGAUCGAGCUGCCCGACGUGGAGCCCGCCGCCUUCCUGGCGCUGCUGAGAUUUCUGUAUUCAGAUGAAGUUCAAAUUGGCCCAGAAACAGUUAUGACCACUCUUUAUACUGCUAAGAAAUAUGCAGUCCCAGCCUUGGAAGCACACUGUGUGGAAUUUCUCACCAAGCAUCUUAGGGCAGAUAAUGCCUUUAUGUUACUUACUCAGGCUCGACUAUUUGAUGAACCUCAGCUGGCUAGUCUUUGUCUAGAUACAAUAGACAAAAGUACAAUGGAUGCAAUAAGUGCAGAAGGGUUUACUGAUAUUGAUAUAGACACACUCUGUGCAGUUCUAGAAAGAGACACACUUAGUAUUAGAGAAAGUCGGCUCUUUGGAGCAAUUGUACGAUGGGCGGAAGCAGAAUGUCAAAGACAACAAUUGCCCGUGACUUUUGGAAACAAGCAGAAAGUUCUAGGAAAAGCACUGUCCUUGAUCCGGUUCCCACUGAUGACCAUUGAGGAGUUUGCCGCGGGUCCUGCUCAGUCUGGAAUUUUAUCAGAUCGCGAGGUGGUCAACCUCUUCCUUCACUUCACGGUCAACCCUAAGCCCCGAGUGGACUACGUGGACCGGCCGCGGUGCUGCCUGCGCGGAAAGGAGUGCUGCGUCAACAGGUUCCCGCAGGUGGAGAGCCGGUGGGGGUACAGCGGCACCAGCGACCGGAUCAGGUUCACAGUUAAUAGAAGAAUUUCUAUAGUCGGAUUUGGUUUAUAUGGAUCUAUUCAUGGUCCCACGGAUUAUCAAGUGAAUAUACAGAUCAUUGAAUAUGAAAAAAAACAAACCCUGGGACAAAACGAUACUGGAUUUAGUUGUGACGGGAGUGCUAGCACAUUCAGGGUAAUGUUCAAAGAACCCAUAGAGAUCCUGCCCAAUGUGUGCUACACAGCAUGCGCAACUCUCAAAGGUCCCGAUUCUCACUAUGGCACAAAAGGAUUGAAGAAAAUAGUGCAUGAAACACCUGCUAGCAAGACUGUUUUUUUCUUUUUUAGUUCUCCUGGCAAUAAUAAUGGCACUUCAAUAGAAGACGGACAAAUACCAGAAAUAAUAUUUUAUACAUAAUUUAGCAUUAUAAUACAUCUUGGCUAAAUAAUACCAUGCAGUCUAGUCUCAAAGGCAUAAAAAAAACUGGCCAAAAAAAAAAAUUGUUAUGAAUAUUUAUAAUUUUAAGAUAAGAAACAUUUUAGUUUCUUAGAGGAAAUAGAUAAAUGUUUAUUUCAAUCUCUAUAUAAUUUAAACGCAGAUUUCCCAUUUUCUUAUAAUCUUCCUGGAAAAGAAAACUGGGUUUGUUUAAAAAAACACUACUUCAGCAAACUGGGUUUGUAUAAAAAAACACACUACUUCAGCAAACUGGGUUUGUUUAAAAAAACAUUAUUUCAGCUUUAUCUUGUAUAAUUUCAUAGAUCAACUUACUCAUGAUCUUGCAACAGUUUUAUAAUUGAAAGAUUUUUGGUUUAUAUAGCUGGUUUGUUUUAUUUGAAUUAUUUUGAAGGUUAGAUGAGGUGAGCAUAUAUAGGCUUAACUACUUGAAGGUUACAUGAGAUGACAUGGGUCAGCAUUCUUAUAGAAUUCCUAUUAAAUAACUAAUUUUAGGCAAUUAAGAAAACUGACCUUGUAUUUGGAGUUUUGAAAUAUCUGGUUGUUAGCAUUUGGAAAAUUGCUAGAAAUAGGCCUAAUAAAUGCCCAAGAAAAUUUUUAAUGCUUUUACAGAAAAAGAUUAUUUUGUAAUAGUAUACUAACGUGUUACAUAAUACAGCUUUAAACUGCAAAUGGAGUUUGUACAAAUUCACAAUAAUGUAAUAUAGCAAAGGACCUAAGGUAAAGUUUAAGACGAGUUUCUUCACCUGUGUGUGUGGGGGAUGCCGCUGAGAGUCCCCAAGGCUGAGACGAGGAUGGCGGUGAUGGUGGUGACUGGGUAGACAUACCUAAGUCAAACAUUGGGGUGAUAAACUUACACAGCAAGAGACGGAAUAAAAGCUAACAUUUCUAACAACUACUUUGAAACUUUAAAGCUAUCCAGCAGUAUCACUCCUGCUGAAGUGACACUAUACUUUGUCACCUACACGAUUCUAUCCAAGAAGUAAAACGUGUUUAAUAUUCAUAACCACACAGAUGUCACAGGUACAGCUGAUUUAGGAAGGGAUAGAAUGUAUAUGUGGCAGAAUGAUAUUUAUACACUUUUUUAUAACACAAAAUUUUUAUAUAAAUUUCAUUUUUCUUUAUAAAGCGAUUAUCUUAUAAAAC